CUUAUUGGACAGCGGAAGUGUCAAAGAGGUGUUCUGAAAAACGGCUAGAAAGUGGAAUAAAUAGAAACAAUCUUGAACUAAAGUGAAAUUAUCUCGGAAAAUUAAACAAAAAUGUCGCGGAAUCAAUUGCCAGAUUCGUCUUCAUCACCGCCAAUAAGCCACAUGCCGUUCCAUAACUUUGAUGAUGAUCUGAUCAAUGAUCUGCCCUCCUGCAUCUAUGCGGGUCAGCAUCAGGGCGGCAACAAUGGUGGCGGAGGUGCCGGCGGGUCAGGUGGCAGCUCCGGACUGCGCCUCAACUCGAACAAUCUGCGGCACAUCCAGCAGCACUAUAUGCAACACGGAGGAGAGAACCUCUUGGACUCCUCGACCAAUCCCAUGGGUGUGCAUCAGUCGAAUAGUGCCACGCCCUUGAUGUGCAAUAGUCCCAGUGCCAGCAGCAGCGGCGGAAACGGAGGUCCUGGAGGAGCCACAGGCGGUGGAGGUGUCGGAGGAGGGGGCGGCUCCAAUCCCAACUAUGGCUCGGUGGGUGCCUCAGCCGCCUCCAGCUACAAAAUGCAGCGACAGGCGGCCAAUGUGCGAGAAAGGAAACGCAUCCAGAGGUCCGCACCAACUGGGUACACCAAAUGUAGCAUCAAUUCGGCCUUCGAUGAGCUGCGGGUGCAUGUGCCCACGUUUCCGUAUGAGAAGCGAUUGAGCAAGAUCGACACGCUCCGCCUGGCCAUUGCCUAUAUAUCCCUGCUGCGAGAGGUGCUGCAGACCGACUACGAUCCAUUGACCUAUGUGGAGAAGUGUUUGCGUGGAGAGAUCAAAGCGGAUCGCGCCAAUUGGAAUACGAGUGAUCUCACUGCUCGUCUCUCGUGGAUCAAUUGGGAGAACCUAGGCGUUCAUCCUGGACGUCGCACGCUGCUCACCUCGCUGGCCCUCUCCUCGGAGCCCAUGUGUGGUGCUCACUGCGGCAUGCCAUGAAUGGGAUGGUGUCCAGAUUAGCAAAGCUAACUCUGGAAUCACUUGCUAAAAGCACAAACUUCCCCACAUGUCUUCCCUUUUAUGAUUUAGUUUAGUCUCACGUGUUAAGUCUUCCCCUUGUAUUAUGAUUUAGUUAAAGACUGCUAGCAUUUCUACAGUUACUAACAAUAAGCAAUAGUAGUGUUUUAUUUUGAAAAGCAUCCAAAGACACAAAAACCCCCACACAAAGCACCUUUUCCCCCCUCCACCAGUUGGAGUAUAGUUGUUGGGGGUGUGGGUUGGGCUUCAUUGCUGCUGUAGUGUGUGUGUGUGGGGGGGGUCUUGCAAUUACAAAUCAAUUCCUCAAAUCAUAUUUCAGGAUAUAUAUAUAUGUAGUAUCAGAUCAGAUCAGUUGUAAAUAGUGAGUAUUCUACGAAACGAAGGCCGUACACAUGGGCCCCACGGUUCGUGGCUAACAGACACA